AUGGCGUCGGCGGGCGUGGUGGCCGCGGCGGCGGUGGUGGCGGCGCUGGCGGCGUUCUGCGCGACGGACCCGAUGCGGCUGGGCUCCAUGGCGGACUUCCCGGGCUUCGAGGCGCACCCCGUGGAGCUCCCGGACGCGGCGGAGAUGCCCCCGCACGCGGACGCCGCGGAGCGGCUGCGCGGCGCGGAGAUCCGGUUCCGCGGCGAGGUGCAGGGCCCCGAGAGCGUCGCCUUCGACCCGCUCGGCCGCGGGCCCUACACGGGCGUCGCCGACGGCCGCGUCCUCGUCUGGGACGGCGCGCGCUGGGCCUACUUCGCGCACGCCUCCCCCGACUGGACCCCCGAGCGCUGCGGCGGGCCCAAGGCGUCGCCCAUGGAGUACCUCAAGGACGAGCACGUGUGCGGCCGCGCGCUCGGCAUCCGGUUCGACAAGCGGACCGGGGACCUCUACAUCGCCGACGCCUACUUCGGCCUCUCCAAGGUCGGGCCCGACGGCGGGCUGGCAACGCCGCUCGCCACGGAGGCCGAGGGCGUGCGCUUCAACUUCACCAACGACCUCGACCUCGACGCCGACGGCAACGUCUACUUCACCGACAGCAGCGUCCUCUACCAGAGAAGGCAUUUCAUGCAGUUGGUUUUCUCUGGAGAUGCCUCUGGGAGGCUCUUGAAAUACAAUCCCCAAACAAAGGAGACGACGGUUCUUCACCGCAACCUCCAAUUUCCCAAUGGGGUGAGCUUAAGCAAGGACGGGUCGUUCUUCGUCUUCUGUGAAGGGUCUCGUGGAAGGUUGAGCAGGUACUGGCUGAAAGGUGAGAAGGCAGGAACCGUCGAUCUCUUCGCCAUCCUGCCUGGGUUCCCAGACAACGUGAGGACCAACGACAAGGGCGAAUUCUGGGUAGCAAUCCAUUGCAGACGCAGCGCAUAUGCCCGGCUCUUGAGUCGCCGCGUCGAGCUCAGAAAGUUCUUGCUCAGCCUCCCGAUCCCCGCCAAGUAUCACUACCUGAUGCAGAUUGGCGGCAACCUGCACGCGCUCAUCAUCAAGUACAGCCCCGACGGCGAGGUGCUUGACAUCUUGGAGGACACGAAAGGGCAGGUGGUGAGAGCUGUAAGCGAGGUGGAGGAGAAGGAUGGCAAGCUCUGGAUAGGAUCUGUUCUCAUGCCCUUCAUUGCCGUCUUUGAUUAUGCCAAGGAAUCUAGGGAAUUGUCCUAG